AUGGUGGAAUCGUCAUCCCUCCAGAAAGACAGCAAUGUCAACAGGACCAACCCUGAUAGGACUGUGCCAUUGGAUCCAUAUCAUGAACAACAUUUAACACAAAGCUUUCCUAUCCAUGUGCUAUCCCCUCCACAGUCGUCACUUACCAGCGUUAACUUGCACUGCUAUUCGGAUUCCUACUGUAUUCAAAGUGGAGAAAGACGACUUCCGCUGGAUGGCAGUCCUAUGUCCACGUGUGGAAAGGAUGUUGUCGAUUCAUUCGGAACGGUGCAGGAGUCUUGUCUGAUGAGGUAUUUUAUAGAAGAACUCUCUCCAUGGUUUGACCACUGUGAUGACCGUCGACAUUUCCAACUAGAAGUGCCUCGACGUGCCUACUGUCCCACACUUAAGAACGCAAUAUUUGCAGUGGCUGCGCGCCAUUUAGGCCGUCUUCCAAAAUACAAAACCUCUCGUGGUAUUGUGUAUUGUGGACAAUCACUUCCCGAUUUGAAAAAGUCCAGCGCCCUUGAGUAUAUGUUAAAAUGCAUCCCCGAUCUCAUUCAAUUCCCUGAGAUUCAAGAUCCACUUGACCAAGAAAACAUCAUGGCCGCUACUGUGAUUCUACGCCAAUACGAAGAGAUGGAGGAGGAAAUGGACGAAGUCAAUCAGGUCGACGGAAGAGUCAACUUCUUGGCAAUCACAAAAGCCAUCAUAGACUCUAUGAUUGCAUCUCCUCUCGAUCAAUCGUUGGCAAAUGCAGCGUAUUGGGUCACUGUUCGACAAGAGAUUUACUACGCGCUCACAAGAAAGACUGUUCCGCAUCUACGCUUUGAUUGGCAGCCUAAUCACCCUCGCCCUGUGGCCAACAAUUUCAUUUUAUUCACAGGGGAGGUUGCUCAAUGGCGGUGGGGGAAGCAAAUACCGGAAGAAUGGGCACGACUCAAGCUAAAAGAACAGCAGCUGGUGCAAGCUGUGCAGCACCUUCGGCUCGCCCAGCUUAUCUUGGUGGCGGAAAACCCAAACCUUGAAAAUGCAACUCGUGCUAUGCAUCGCAAGGCUGAGGCCCAGGUCCGCUCGACUGUACUGGAAAUCUGCGGUCUUGCUAUUGACCAUCCUCGAAUAAAGCCUGCAUUAGUCAAUGCAGUUAUUGCGAUUACUUUGUACGGUGAAUACUUCACAGAUCCCGUAGAAUGA